GUUUUUUGUGUACGACUGUGUGUGUUGAACUGAGCGGAGGUGAAGAAGAGGAGGAUGAAGCUGGGAGCGGAGGAUGGGAGGAAGAGUGGAGUAAGAGACAGGCUAGCUGUGUGUGUGUGAAUGUGUGAGUGAGUGAGGAAGAGGAGAGGAAGGUCGUCCGAGGGACCGAAAACAAAGACUUGAUUUUUUUGUGGAUAACCUCCGGAACAUUACUAACGGAAACUUUAAACUUUUUACCCGCCACAGCUCGGCUUGUUUUCCCCGGAGCCGGCUUUGUUUCACGGCGGGGGUGUCUACGAUAAAUGAAGGAAUAAAACAGAUCACCAUCGACCUUUUUCUACCCAAGUGGGCAAUACCCUGGGACUAUUUUUGAUAAAGGUUGCAAGAGAAUGGCGGCUAACAUGUACCGAGUGGGAGAUUAUGUGUACUUUGAGAACUCCUCCAGCAACCCUUACCUGAUCCGCAGAAUAGAAGAGCUCAACAAGACAGCCAAUGGGAAUGUGGAGGCAAAGGUGGUGUGUUUGUUCAGGAGGCGAGACAUCUCGGGCAACCUCAACACUCUGGCUGACAGCAAUGCAAGAGAAUUUGAGGAGGAAUCGAAGCAACCAGUGCUCUCUGAACAACAGAAACACCAGCUCAAACACAGAGAACUCUUCCUGUCUCGACAGUUUGAAUCUCUACCAGCUACUCACAUACGGGGCAAAUGUAACGUCACCCUCCUCAAUGAAACAGAUGUCUUGGCUGGCUACCUGGAGAAGGAGGACUGUUUCUUCUACUCGUUGGUGUUUGACCCUGUCCAGAAGACCCUGCUGGCAGAUCAGGGCGAGAUCCGUGUGGGCUCUAAGUACCAGGCAGAGAUCCCUGACAAGCUAGCUGAGGGUGAAUCAGACAACCGGGUCCAGGAGAAGCUGGAGACCAAGGUGUGGGACCCCAACAACCAGCUCAAAGACCCUCAGAUUGACCAGUUUCUUGUGGUGGCAAGAGCCGUGGGGACAUUUGCUCGGGCCCUGGACUGCAGCAGCUCCAUUCGCCAGCCCAGCCUCCAUAUGAGUGCAGCUGCAGCCUCAAGAGACAUCACACUGUUCCAUGCCAUGGACACACUGCAGAAGAACAACUAUGACCUGGCCAAAGCCAUGUCCACCCUGGUUCCUCAGGGGGGUCCAGUUCUCUGCCGCGACGAAAUGGAGGAGUGGAGCGCCUCAGAGGCCAUGCUGUUUGAAGAGGCUCUGGAGAAAUAUGGCAAAGACUUCAACGACAUCCGCCAGGACUUUUUACCCUGGAAGUCUUUAGCCAGUGUGGUCCAGUUCUACUACAUGUGGAAGACUACUGACCGCUACAUCCAACAGAAACGGCUAAAGGCAGCAGAGGCAGACAGCAAGCUGAAGCAGGUGUACAUCCCCACCUACACCAAACCCAACCCCAAUCAGAUCAUGGUGCCUGGCAGCAAGCCGGGCAUGAACGGGGCAGCAGGCUUUCAGAAAGGACUCAGCUGCGAGAGCUGCCACACGGCUCAGUCUCCUCAGUGGUAUGCCUGGGGGCCUCCCAACAUGCAAUGCCGACUGUGCGCCUCCUGCUGGAUCUACUGGAAGAAGUAUGGAGGCCUGAAGACCCCCACACAGCUAGAGGGCGCUGCCAGAGGUGGAUCUGAAUCUGGCCCCCGAGGUCACAUGACACGCCAGGAGGUCCAGGGCAUGUCACCGUUCACCCGCAACGAGGGUCGAGCCAAGCUGCUGGCCAAAAACCGGCAAACGUUCAUCCUGCAGACCACCAAGCUGACCCGCAUCGCUCGGCGGGUGUGUGAGGACAUCCUGCAGCCUCGCCGUGCUGCGCGACGACCCUACGCCUCCAUCAACGCCAAUGCUGUCAAGGCUGAGUGUAUGAUCAGGCUGCCAAAAGCCACAAAAACUCCUCUAAAGAGCAAGCUGAUUCCUCGACAGUCACUGGCCACCAUAGUGAAGGAUUUAGCCAUCUCAGCUCCUCUGAAACUGAAGGCAUCCAGAGGACCCCCGACACCCAUCAACAGGAACCAGGCUAGCCAGCCUCGAGUUGGCCAAAGCCUUCUGGGAAAGAGGGGCUUUGACAGCGCUACAGGGGUGCCGUACCCAGCCAAUGGGAGGCCAUAUACCUCAGGUAUGAGGACCACCUCUCAGUCAGUCAUCAAGCGGCAGAAGGUCAGCCAGGGAGAAGCUCCCAACCCUGUGGUGUUUGUGGCUACAAAGGACACCAGGGCUCUGAGGAAACAUCUGACCCAGUCAGAGAUGCGUCGGGCAGCGAGAAAACCUCAUCUCCUGGUCCGGAUCAAGCUGCCGCCACCCCCUCGCUCCCUGGCCAUGCCACUGCUCCCCUCCAGCACCAGUGAACCCAUUGUCCUGGAGGACUGAAGGGGAGGCUGAACAGGGGGUGGGUGGGCCUUUUAACAGGACAUAGGGAUUGGGAGGGAGUUGGGGAGGGUCUGUGCUCAGGCCAUCAAUUAGAGGCAGCACAGUACGCCAUACCAGUAGUUUUUUUUUUUUUUCCCCUCUUUUCAGUGUCAUUUUUCUUUAGUUCUCUGUUACUUCCUGAAAGUUUAUGUGUCCAGCAUACACACACAGACACACCAGCAUACACACAAACACACACCAGCAUACACACAAGCACUUAAAUGACUGCACGUUUCCAUCAUACUGAAGGUGCACUAAGCAGAAUUUUCAGAAAUAAUCUCUUGUAAUCAUCAUGUAUGACCCACUACAAGUGUGUGGUGGUGUGUUUAUCUGCAGAGACCCUGCCCACUGCCUGUAUUUGCUUAUUCUUAUUUUUCUGUGUUCAGGGUUUUUCUGGCCAGGGGGUGUGUAGACCUCACCCUAUAAUAGCACACAGUGUGUGAGGGCGGGACUCUUAAACAUGAAGAGACCAGGUUACAUUGCUGUACAUUGAAAACAAUGAGCAAACAACAUACAAAGUUUAUCUCGGUUUCAGAGCUGCUCUGGCCAUUAUUUUCAUUAUUAAUGAUUCUGCUGAUUAUCCCCUAUUAAUUAAUGAAAAACAAAUGUCCAUCAGAGUUCUCCAGAGCCAAAGUUAAUGUCUUCAAAUUGCUUGUUUUGACUGACCCAUAGUCCAACACCCAGGUAUUGACUUUACUUUUUCAAUUAACUGACUUGCUCGCUCGUUGAGGCAGGGAGGAGGGGGCAGAUUUGAAUGGUGUGUUUACAAACAUCAGUCGACAAAUCCUGCAUAGUGUACCUUUAAACACUAUGCGCACACACACACACGCACACGUCAGCACACAGACAUUCACACAACACCUUGGGCUUUGUAGUAUUUCUUUCCAGAUACUGAAUUAUUUUGCUCCCCUUUUUAAUGCCGCCUAUUUUUAAAUGUGUAAUUUAAAUCAAGAUAUUUCUCAUCCUGAAACAAUGGUGAUAAAGCACACAGUUUUUCCUCCAUGUCGCUAUAUUUGUGUAAAUAUAUGCAUCAUUUAAGGGGUGACGCCCACAGUAUGUGAGAAGAAUGUGGGGGUGGGGAAGUGGAAAUAGGAGACUGUGUAGGAAAGCUGUAGCAGGCAAAAGGUCUCAUUUGAUUUGAGUUGAAGAUUUCACUCAUACACUCUUCUACUCCACUCCAGCAGGGAAAAAUCGUAUGGCUGUGAAUGCAGACCCGUCUCCUCUCAUUGUACUUUUCUCUCUGUAAGUUGUCAGCUGUUUCCAUCAUCAGUCAGGAGCCAAGCACAGGCCUGUUACAGGGUUUAAUAACAGCUUACGUUCUACCCUUUUCAUCCCAUCUGUAUCCUCUGUAUCAUCUUAUGGAAGUCCCUCAGUGUCAGAAAUAUUGAGUGAGCACAAAACAACUUGAGAAGUGGGAAAGUCGAGGUUAGAGGGUGUGCAGUGACAGGAGUACAUAACAAAACUGUAGACUAAGUGAGGAUGGAAUGUAGAGUGUACUCCAUGUUUUGAGUUGGCAAGAGACCCAUAGAUAAACAAGCAGCAGGGCCUUGUUUGCUCAUUGUUGUCAAAAGUUGAUCUCAGUUUCAGGGAUGCCCUAACCAUUAUUUUCAUUACUAAUGAUUUUGAUGAUUAUCCUCUAUUAAUCGCUGAAAACAAAUGUCCAUCAGAGUUCUCCAGAGCCCAGGUUAAUGUCUUCAGAUUGUGAUCUCAGUCGAAAACCCAGGUAUUCACUUUACUUACUCACUUUACUUACAAUUAAAUUAAAUGAGCAGUCAUCACAGUUAUUCUGAUUGAUUUUGCUGGUGAUCAAGUAAUUGAAUAAGAGACUUAUCGUUACAGUUCUAAUCAGGUUACCUUGCCCAUGCUAAAGGCCUAAACUGAAUAAAUAUUGAAUAAAAAUAGAGAGAAUCAAGUGAGUGUGAACAAAUUCUGGAUUUUAGUGUCUUUACUGAAUACUAUCCGAAAACUUCAAAUUGUUAACUGUUGUUAACUGUUGUUCGGGAUUUAGCCAAACGUGGAACAUACACCUUUUUUAAUAGUGAGAGUGCACAAAAUCAGGAUUUGGUGUGUUUACUAAAUUCUGAUUUUACAUUUUUAGUUUUUGUACAGCCUGAAGUUAAUCCUGGCUUAAUUGCUCAAUUUUUUUGUGCUCACAUUUUGUGACUAAUAAACUUCCAUACUGUGUCUACUUUCAUAAGGCAUCACAGUAGUCAUUUUUUAAGAAAUUGAGCAAGGGCUGCAGUUGUAGUCAAGCUGUAUCUCCUGUCAUGUAAUUGCUAGGCUUUUGUAGCCACUUUUAACCAGUUUAAAGGGAGAAGUAACCUGACUCCUGUUUUGUUGACCUCACCCCAAGAAGUUUGAACGGGCAGCCUGGAAUCAAAGGGGAGAGGCCCGUUGCGUCAGAGUCAAAAGUCAAAGGUUUACAGAGUAGGAGGGAUCAUACUGUGUUUAAUGACAUUCAAAUGAUUGUGGCACGAGUUACUGUGCGACUUGCCAUGCUGAGAGAACACAUUUGGCUUUGAGGUACUAUGGUCGAGUCUGUUGAAGUCCAAAAUGAAGCCAUAAUGUGGAGAAAAAGGUUAAUGUCCAUUGUGAGUGGACACUUUAAACCCUAAGGUGAUGUUGGACUUAAGCCACAGCAUUUCUGAUAAUGUAGUGUUUGGUUGGUUUGAAUGGAACUGAUGCAAUUAUGUUAAUGGUCAGAUGAUAAAAGUCUGUUAAUACAGCAGCAAUAUGUAAAUGUACGGAAGACAAUUAGGGCCAAAAAUUUGUUCUGAAAUUAUUGUUAAAAAUAACAACAGCCUGAGAUUAAAGUCGUACUUUUUCUCUAAGUAUUGACUGAUUCAGAACUCUUUUCUAUGGCCUUAAUCCUCUCCUGUAAAUGUUUGAUGAUGCUAAACAGAAGUGAUGUGUUUGGUUGUGAUUGGGUAUGACGACGAUAUGGAAGGAAUCUAGCUGUCUUGACUUGUGCUUUCAUUUGCUUUGUUUAUUUUAGUUCCCCCUGUCUGUACCAUUAUGAAAGGGUAAGUACUAAAAGUAAGUUGUUAAUUGGAUAAUUAUAAUUCCUUUGUAUCCCUCAGCCUGUGAACCCCCACAGCAGUGAGGGGUUACACUGGAUUUAUAAGCAAGUCUGGUCCCAAUGUGGGCUUUGUAAUAUUUCUCAAAAAAAAGAAAUUCAAGUGUUGAGUUUGUAGCAAAUACUAAUCUGUGUAAAGAAAAGUGGAAAACUGGCAUAUUGGAAACUUUUUUACAUCUAAAAUGUGUAAUUCUGCUCCAUUAUUGUGGAGAUGGCUGUAAUAGGCUACUGUACAUGUGGAACAUUGCUCUCCUUCAUAGGGUGGGUGGGCUGGUCAUUUGAACCAGGGGCAUUGAAAAAGGGACAGGGUGCUGAUUUUUGUAUGGUGGAGAGACAAACAUGCUACAAUUGAAAGUUUUUCUCAAGUGUUUUUUAUUCCAAUGUCUCUGUAUCCUUUAAUGUAUCUUGAUAAGAAAAGAAAUAAAGAUUUUUUUUCUUUGUGGUCA